CAUCUCGUUUGCACUUACGGCGUUCGGAUGUCUUUGCCCUUCUGUUUGAGUAGUCGCUCUCUCUCUGUCUCCUCUGUAUUUGAGCGCGCGGUCUCUACUAUCCUUAUGAGUUAUUUUCUGUCAGCCCUGUUCCUCGGAUAACUAGGAAAUUUUUCUUAUUUUACCUCUCCUUCUCACUCAUAAGAUCGUUUACUCACACGCGCUAACAUCCGCGUUUAUGUUAGUAGUAUCGUACCUUAUUUUUGUUUCCCAUUAGUAACUUGCGCGGGCGUACGUCUUUUUACAUUUCACCAAAUUGUUUUUUAUUUGUUUGCUACUUUAUUUUAUCACUUAAAUAUUGUAUAAGUUUUUUUUAUAAUCUUGUUUUCCGUCCGUUUAUUGUGCGUUUACUGAUAGCGGCUAUUACAGAGUUAGUUAUAAUUCGUGCUACCGCCGCCGCUCCAGAACGGCUACGGAUCAACCUAAUCUCGCCGUGCUGACCUGGACAUCACAACGGCGAACAAGGCUUGGCGGCUUUGCGCCAUCAAAUAAUAUUUUACCAACUGACACAUAACUUAUCCGAAAAUGUGUUUGAACUUUGUCGUAGUCAUCGCCUUGUUUUUCGCCCUGUUCGGUAUUGUGCCCUUCCCAUCUGCGGCUGAUGAACCAAGUUAUGAAGGUAGUAAUACUAUAAGAGAAGGCAGUCCUUUUACAAUAACUUGUCGAGUGUCAACAUUCUCAGCCAUUAAAUGGAAAAAGGACAAUGAAACUCUUGAGUUCAACAAUCAUUAUAAAAUCAAUGUUAAUGAGACCGAUGACAAUAUGCGUAUAUCUACAGUUACUGUCAAUUCUGCUAUCCUUAAAGAUUCAGGCUCAUAUAGAUGCACAACAGAGUACAACAAAUUUCAUGUAUUGGAAGUGGUUAGCACCGAAGCUGAUGUUAUCAUAAAAGCAAGUUAUGAUUUUAGUGAUAGACAUAUAGCUGCCAACUAUAAACAACCUCUUACAAUUAAUUGUACGGUUGAAGGAACUCAAGAUCCAAAACAUUUUUGGAAAUGGUUAAAAGAUGACAAGCCAAUUACAACUGAGAUGUCUGAUUCAGACAGUUCACUGACAGUUGAUGGUAAUAAUGUUAUAUUUAGAAAAUUUGUAGAAAAACAUACUGGUCAAUACACUUGUCAACUUUUUAAUUCUAACAAUGGUCCAUCUAUAGGAUCAAAGGUUAUUCAUGUUGUCUUAAAUCCAUUCUAUCAAUUAAUAGAUACUAUUACUUUCAUUGAAGAAGAAAGAGCUGAACUGGAGUGUGAAGUACAUGGUGUACCACUUCCUGAUAUAAAUUGGAGAUUUGGAAAUAAUACAAUUGUACCAUCUCAACACUAUACUUUUGCACCAAAUGAUAGAAACAUAAGUAAUGCUAUUUUGAUACUUAAUGGUGUUUCCGAAAAUGAUAAGGGAUACUAUUACUGUGGUGGAAAAAGUUCACUCGUGGCUAUACCCAUAAGUUCUAAAGGAUGCUUAGUCCGUGUUAGAGGUAAAUUUGCUGCAUUAUGGCCUUUCUUGGGAAUAUGCGCUGAGGUUAUCAUAUUAUGUUUAGUAAUAUUUAUUUAUGAAAAAAAACGCAAUAAGUCUGAAUUUGAAGAAAGUGAUACAGAUCAAGGACCAGAGAUGUAAAAAUAAUACUACAGACCACAGUGGUGGUGGUGAUGUGCGACAUAGAAAAUAAGUUCUAACCAAAUUUUAAAUGAAUGGUCAAAUGUAAGAACUACAGCUUUAGAUGCAGAUGUAAUAGGUUUUGUCAGACCAAUUUUUAUUUACAUUCUUAGGAAAUUUUUAUUUCAAAGUUAUAAAGAAAGUUUCACAGACAAAAAAAGAAAACAACAGUUUGUUUAUUUAGUUAUUUUAAAGUAGUGUCCAAUAUUCUUACUGCUUAUUUUUUAUGAUCCAUAAAAGAUGUUUACAUGUUUUAACUGAAACAUAUAAACAUAUUACUGUAACUUAAUAUAUGUUAAAGUACAGUAAUUAUUUAGCUAUGUAAUGUAAAAUAAUUAUGCAAUUUAAAUUGUGCAAAUAGCAUUUUUUGUUCCAUGGCUUUAUUUAAUUUAUCACAUUUUUAAUUCACUAUUAUAAAUUUAAAUUUAAUUUUUAAUUAUUUACUUUUCGUCCUUUUUUUGUUUACUAAUCUUAUCUAGUAGUUUAUGUUCAAAUUUAAUUUAUGUUGACAAUUUAUUCUCAACGUUAGUUCUUUGUGCUUUUAUCAAAGUAAAAAUAUUGUAUUUUAUGCUCAAUAACUAUUCCUUCAGUUAUUAAUAUUGAAUUUAUAUAUUCUAUUAUUUAACUAAUACUCUUUAAUUCUGGUCAUAGAUUUAUUUUAAAAUAGUUAUAAAAUAAAGGAUAAAUUGACAUUGUUUUGAUAAAAUAAUGUAUUUGUAAAUUUUAGUUACUUGUAGUUAAGUAUUAAUAAAAUAUCACGCGCUAAUUUAUUUCAAAUAAUUUCACUCUUUCAACUCAUUCAACCAUUAAAAAUCUCUGUACCAGCAAUAUAAUUCUUACUAUUCUAUUUCUAAGUGGAUCUUAGUGGUAUUGUUCUAUUUAUUGUUAGAAUAUUAAGGGUGCUUAAGUAUCAAAAUGAAAAUUGCCCAGUUAAAAAUUUAUUUUAGCAAUAAGCAUAAGUUAAGUUAUAAAUCAUGAUUUAUAUAUUAUACAUCUAUUUAUGAUGGUAUGAAUUUUGUUUAUUAUUAUGUAUUAUACAUAUAUAAUGUCACUGCUUGUUGUUAAAUUGUUAUAAUGAAAUAAAAACAUUUUCUUCCUAUAAAGAAAUUUAAAAAAGUAUAUAUAUAUAUAUAUAUAUAUAUAUGCAUAUAAAUGUUCAUAGCUUUUUUUAGAUGUAGUGACAUAACAAUCAACAUUUUGUCACCAAAAAGCGAUUAUAUAAAAUCAUUUUUACUUUAUUUCCUACUUUGGUGUACAAAACCAUCUUAUUUGUUACUUGUAAGAUCUUUUAUUAUUUAUUCAGUGUUAAAUUUGUAGAAUUUGUUAAUAUUAAAAGAAAAUAUUGUUAGCAUUA